AUGCAGCACAGAUAAUGAAGCCACAGAAACUUCGUUCUUUGGCACUCUCACGUGCGCUCUCACGUGCCCUAUGCUCCGCCACCGCCACUACCACCUCAGCAUCGCCGCAAUGUGGAACGGCGUUCCCUCUGAAGACGGUGACCACCGCCAACUUCGAACCCUCCCUGGCGGAGCUCCGGCACCAUGUCCGAUCCUCGGACUUCGUAGCCAUCGACCUUGAGAUGACCGGCGUCACCAGCGCCCCCUGGCGCGAGUCCUUCGAGUUCGACCGCUCCGACGUCCGCUACCUCAAGGUCAGGGACUCCGCCGACAAGUUCGCCGUCGUCCAAUUCGGAGUCUGCCCCUUCCGAUGGGAUCCUUCCAACCACUCCUUCAUUGCUUAUCCGCACAAUUUCUAUGUUUUUCCUCGUCAGGAGCUUGCGGGUUUGGGUCCAUGUCAUGAAUUUCUCUGCCAGACUACUUCAAUGGAUUUCUUGGCUAAAUAUCAGUUUGAUUUUAAUGCUUGCAUACAUGAAGGAAUAUCUUAUUUAUCCAGAGAACAAGAAAGGGAAGCAAUAAGGAGGUUGAAUUCUACGUAUGAUAGUGAGUGGUCAGACAUUUGUAAAUUAAAAGAUGUUAGGGAAAUACCAUUGGUCAGCAUGGCAGACAUUUUGUUCACUGAACGAAUGAAAAACAAGUUUCGUGAGUGGCGUGAUGGGUUAUUACAGGAGCAAAAUCAAGAUGACCAAAUUCAAGGAAUUUCAAAAGACUCGAAACAACAAUUUCAAGUGAUUUUCUUUAAGAUGCAUCCAGCUCUUAGGCUUAAUGGAUUCACCUCUCAUCAGCUUAAAUUGAUUCAGUUGGUCAUCAGAAAGCACUUCAAAGAUCUUUCAUAUGUUAGCGUGAACAGUGAAGCAUCUGGUUCACAAGAAAUAGUUGUAUAUACAGACUCAAAGGAUGAACUUAACUUACUUCUGAAGGAGGUGAAAGAGGAAAAUUACAGGGCAGCAGAGUUAAAGAUCCAAUCUGCAGUGGGAUUUCGCCAUGUUAUUGAUCUCCUUUCAUCAGAACAAAAGUUGAUAGUUGGUCACAAUUGUUUUCUGGAUAUUGCUCAUGUCUACAGCAAAUUUAUAGGUCCUCUUCCAGGGACUCCUGAAGAGUUUGUCACCUCCGUUAACAAGUGCUUUCCACACAUUGUUGACACCAAAAUACUCUUGAACACUAAUUAUACCCUCCAAGAAAGGAUGAAAAGGUCGAGAAAAUCACUGGCCUCUGCAUUUGCUUUGUUUUGUCCACAAAUUGCUGCAGGCUCCAGAAGCACUGAUCUAGAUUCGCUCUCACAUGUGAAAGUGGACGUUGAAGUUGGUGAUUUGAGGUCAUCCAGCUGGAACCCUGGAGGCAAGCAUGAGGCAGGAUAUGAUGCUUUCAUGACCGGAAGCAUCUUUGCCCAGUUAUGUAGUGAUUUAGGAGUUGAUUUUAAACUCCAUGAAUCUUCAAAACAGUUAGCCCUCAAUGAGAAACUACAGAAGUACAUUAAUCAUCUAUAUCUUAGUUGGAUGCAUGGGGACAUUAUUGAUCUAAAUACUGGUGAUAAGGUUGCAGAUUCUUCACCGAGCUAUAGCCUCAAGAGGCGGUACCCUAAAAUUUUGUUUGAGAACAUUGUUAUUAUUUGGGGAUUUCCUUCUAAGCUGAAGGCAAGCGAAGUAAGACAGUGUAUAUCUAAAGUUUUUGGUCCAACUUCUGUAGUUACUGUCUACCACUUGGAUGCAACUGCAGUGUUCGUUCAGUUUAGCAAGACUGAACUAGUUUCCGAGUUUCUUUUAUUGAAGGACACCUUAGAGAGAAGUGAUGGUCCAAUCUUGGUUUUGCAUCCGCUGGCAAAACUUUUGGAAGGUGGAAAUACAUGUGCUGCUAAUUAUGAUACUUAUAAAAAAAUAUGUUGUUCGCCCUUAUCAGAAUGUCUAUUUGCUGAUCAGGCAAAGGCAGUUGGAAUAAGAUGGAAGACUAAAUUGAUAGAAUACAAGGUAACAUUGGGGAGCGAAGAACACGAAAAUCCCAGUGUAGAAGGUAAUGUAAUUUCAGCAAUGAAGUUCGUAGAAAAGACCAAGCCAAACACAAUUGAUCGGUUAAGAAAUGUUCCACCUCGUGGGAAAAUGUCAUGUUUUGAGAUUGAAGAUUCUUAUUGUACUGCAGAAGCCAACUUGUGAUUAUUGACUAAUGAUUUUGUAUACUGUUAGCAUGAACACACAAUAUCAUAUUAAGUUAAAUUUUUUACAAAGCAACCUAUAUUUUGGGGUGGUGUUGUAUGAAUUUAGAAACUGUAGCAACCAGAGAUGCAUAGGGAUAUUAUGAUGAAAAUGACACCACUUAUAAAUUUUCGGGCGGGAUAGCAAUUUUUAAAUUUUCUACAUAUGUAAAAAUCUACACAUUA